AUGUUAGUUGAUUGUGAUUUUCAGGUUUCAACUGGUAUUCCAAAUAUUGGCGAUGAUGAUGCACAUAAUGGUAAUGAAUGGAUGAAACAUUUAUCAAAUUUAACUGAACAACUAAAAGAUUUUGUCAAUGAAACCCGAAAUCGAUUCGAUUCAUAUGCACCUAUUCGAAAAAAAUCAAUUAGCAUAUUGGUAAAGUUUAUUAAUGGUAAAUCAUAUAUGUCACCUAAUGCUAAAGCAUUUUUAACAGCUAAGGAAGAAGUUUUUAUUAUAGACUGGUGGCUUUCACCUGAACUUAUAUUAAUUAGACCAGCAGAUGAAAACACAUUUCGACUUGAUAAUAUAUUAGGAAGAAUAACUAAUGCAAGAGCUCGUGUUCAUGUAAUGCUUUACAAGAAAAUGCCAUUUGCUUUAGCUUUAAAUAGUUUAUAUACAAAAAUAAAAUUAGUUUCUAAAAAUAAUGUUAUACGAACAUUAGUACCACAUAUGUCAUGGCAUGAUGAAGCAUUAGCUGUAUUUGGUCAAACUACUCGAGAUGUUGCACGAUAUUUUAUUCAACGAUAG